GUGCAUUUCCCAGGCAACUGGGUUACCAAGAGCAUAAGAAAAUUCUAUUCUCAACAAGAAGGUCUACUAGACAGAUUUGAUGUGGUGGUUGUUGGUGGGGGCCAUGCUGGCUGUGAGGCAAGCCAUGCUGCCGCCAGAAUGGGAGCAAAGACCUUGCUGGUCACUCAUAACAAACAAACAAUUGGUGCAAUGUCUUGCAAUCCUUCCUUUGGGGGCAUUGGCAAGGGGCACCUGUUGCGUGAGAUUGAUGCCCUGGAUGGUCUCUGUCCCCGCAUCUGUGACAGGGCCGGGAUUCACUUCAAGAUCCUGAACAAGCGCAAGGGCCCAGCAGUGUGGGGGCUACGGGCUCAGAUGGACCGCACUCUCUACCGCCGUCACCUCCAGCAGGAACUGUUUGCCCUGCCUGGCCUAACUGUGCGUGAAGGCGCUGUUGAUGAUCUUCUGCUGCAUGAAGGCGAUUCUAGUUUGC